AUGGCCGUCCUGCUCGCCUUGACGUGCUUGACGUCUUUAACGCUGUGUCACGCACACGCACUGACAUUACCCAGCCGUCCCCAUCCCGGAAGGGACUGCAGCAACGGCCCGCAAAGUCGUGGAUGUUGGCGUGGCAAAGACUUUGACAUUUUCACGGAUUAUGAUCAAACUGUGCCUCCCGGAAGGCUCAGGGAGUACGAACUCACGGUUACUGAACAAACGUGGGCUCCGGACGGAUACCUGUUCAAUGGCACCGUCUUCAACGGACAAUACCCCGGGCCGUUGAUUGAGGCAGAUUGGGGUGAUACCCUGCGUAUCACGGUACAUAACAACCUGACCAACUACAACGGCACGUCAGUUCACUGGCAUGGCAUUCGCAUGCUGGAGACCAACUGGCAGGACGGGGUACCUGGUGUGACGCAGUGCCCGAUUAAGCCCGGCUCGUCGCAGACAUAUGAGUUUCGAGCGAUGCAGUACGGAACCUCAUGGUAUCACUCGCACUUUAGCCUGCAAUACAGCAACGGGCUUCAUGGCCCUCUCGUGAUCCAUGGACCGUCCAGCGCCAACUGGGACGUCGACCUAGGCCCCUGGUUGAUCACCGACUGGUACCACGAGGACGCCUUCAAGUUGUACUACUACGAGAUCUUCACUCCUCGCGCCGCUCCGCCGCAGGCCAUGUUACUGAAUGGGCACGGCAAGUUCAACUGCACCCCGGCGGCCAACGACACGCGGUGCACGGGAGACAGCAAGCUCUUUGAGACGGUAUUUCACCACGGAACCAAGUACAAGAUCGGGAUCGCGCACACGGGAACCCUCCGGACGCAAACAUUCUGGAUCGACGGGCACAACUUCACCGUCAUCUCGGCUGACUUCGUCCCCAUCAAGCCCUACGUCACCAACGUCAUCACCCUCGGGAUCGGCCAGCGGUACGAGAUCAUCGUCGAGGCCAACGCAGAUCUGAGUACCAGUAACGGCACCGACUUUUGGAUCCACUCGCAGUACUGCGCCCUCCCAGGGGUCCUCGACGACCGCCUAGGCAUAAUCCGCUACGACGCCCGCAGCACGCGGGACCCUUACAGCCCACCGCCGGCCUACCUCGACCUGGGCUGCGCCGACCCGGAGCUCGACAACCUCGUGCCCGUUGUCUCUCGCCAGGUUGGCAACCGCGUCAACGGCCUGGAGCCGACCGACUAUCUCAAGAUGGGCCUGGAAGGCUGGCCCAACGCGAGCGAUCCGGACAGCCGCAUCCAUAAGUGGGUGCUAAGGAACGUGCCCAUGUACCUGAACUGGUCCGAGCCGAGCGUCGCGAAACUGCUCACCCUGGACAAGGACGACGAGCUGGAGCAGAGCAAAGGAGGCAAAGACGAAGACAAACACAACACCACCUCCCCCCAGUUCUCAGACCUCUUCCCAGCCGAGACCGAGCCCAUCCUCCUAGACUACCCAACCGGCGAAUGGGUCUACUUCGUCAUCACCAACAACUACACACUAACCCCGACCGACCCCUGGCCACCACGCACACUCCCCCAAUCCGUCCACCCCAUCCACCUCCACGGACACGACAUUUUGCUACUAGCACAAGGCGAAGGGCCCUUCGACCCAGCCACUGUUGUCCCGCGUCUCAAUAACCCGCCGCGCCGUGAUGUCGUUAAUUGUCCGCUGAACGGGUUUGUGUGGAUCGCGUUCCGGAUUGAUAACCCCGGGGCCUGGCUUAUGCAUUGCCAUAUUGCGUGGCAUGCUAGUGAUGGUUUGGCGGUGCAGUUUGUGGAGCAGCCGGGGAAGUUGAGGGGGUUGAUGGAGAGGGCGGGGGUUGUAGGGGGGUUUGGGGAGCGGUGUAAAGAGUGGGAUAGGUAUUAUACGACUGUGAACGAGGCGGUUGGGGCUGUGCAGGAGGAUUCUGGUGUGUAG